ACGAAGCAGAGGUCGCUGGCUUGAACAGAUAUUUUGGAGUUUGGAACGCACCUACGAUCAACGAGGACAGAAGGAAAAAGGAUACCUUUUAAACGUCACCAAUUCUUGUUCUUCUGUAGCAGGGACCCACCGGGAGCAGAUGCCAGUCUUAAUGUACAUCACAAGUCGCCGGAUAGGCUGCGCAUAUUUCUACCCCACCUUCCGGUAAAAUGUGAAGGCCUUGAUUGACAGGAGGGUGUCCGAGUUUUCCGGGAACAGGGGAAGUGCCAAGCUUUCUUGUCUGUGACGUUCUUUCAGAUUCACACAGAAUGCGUUUUCUGCCAUUGUUGGAUAAGUUCAUUGUUGGUUUCCGAGAUCGUCAUCGGAUCCCACGUCUGGUUCUCCUCCUGGGUAUCAGUGGUGGAGGCCUUGUUUCAUAUUCUGAGGUUAAAUCUGAUCCAAGUGUGACUGAUUCUAGCAUUCCAAGGACCCAAGGGAAGAAAAGGUUGGUGGUACUUGGUACAGGCUGGGCAGCCACAAGUUUCCUGAAGGAUUUGGAUAGUUCUUUAUAUGAUGUUCAAGUUGUUUCACCACGUAACUAUUUUGCUUUUACACCACUGUUGCCAAGUGUGACUUGUGGGACAGUAGAAGCAAGAAGCAUUGUUGAGCCAAUUCGUAAGUUAAUUAAACGGAAAAAUGAUGAAAUCCAUUAUUGGGAAGCAGAGUGCAUUAAGAUUGAUGCAGCAAAUAAACAAGUGCACUGUCUUUCUAAGCAUGAUAAAAGUAUGGAAGGGAAAGAGGAAUUUCUUUUGGACUAUGACUUUCUGGUGAUAGCUGUCGGAGCACAGUCAAACACUUUCAAUACACCAGGGGUCUUGGAGCAUUGUCAUUUUCUAAAGGAAGUAGAGGAUGCACAGAGAAUUCGUAGAAGUGUUUUAGACUGCUUUGAGAAGGCAAACCUUCCAAAUCUAAGUGAAGAAGAAAGGAAAGUCAUUCUUCAUUUUGUUGUUGUCGGUGGAGGACCUACUGGUGUGGAGUUUGCUGCCGAACUGCAUGACUUUGUCUGUGAGGAUUUGGUGAGGCUAUACCCAGCCGUCCAAAACCUGGUUAAGAUAACACUUGUCCAGUCUGGAGAUCAUAUUCUGAAUAUGUUUGAUGAAAGAAUCAGCACAUUUGCAGAACAGAAAUUCCAAAGAGAUGGUAUUGAUGUAAAAAUGGGAUACAGAGUUGUUGAAGUAACUGACAAAUCUAUAAAUAUGAAGCGUAAGGACACCAAUGAGUCAUCGUCCAAUCCAUAUGGAAUGAUUGUCUGGUCAACAGGCAUUGGAACCCGUCCAGUCAUAAAUGAUUUCAUGGAUCAAAUUGGUCAGCAUGACAGGCGGGCUUUGGCUACUAAUGAAUGGUUGAAUGUUCGAGGAUGUGACAAUGUAUUUGCAAUUGGGGACUGUGCCACUAUAGAACAGCGUAAAAUCAUGGAAGAUAUUUUUAACAUUUUCAAAGUUGCGGACAAGGACAACUCGGGCACUUUGACUGUUCAAGAAUUCCAGGAUGUUAUUGGAGAACUUUGUGAAAGGUAUCCACAAUUAGAACUCUACAUGAAGAAAAAGCACAUGCGAAAUGUUGCAGAUCUCUUACUGGGCAACAAAGAGAGCAAUCAAACCGAAUCCAAGGCACUAAACAUUGAAGAGUUCAAGCUAGCUCUUGCAGAGGUAGAUUCACAGAUGAAAAGUCUUCCUGCUACUGCUCAGGUUGCUGCUCAACAAGGUGCCUAUCUUGCAAAAUGCUUCAAUCAUAUGCAUGAUUCUGAAACAAAACCUGAAGGUCCUCGCAGAAUUACAGAACCAGGUCGCCAUCGCUUUCAUCCUUUUAGGUAUAAGCAUUUUGGGCAAUUUGCUCCACUUGGAGGUGAACAAGCUGCUGCAGAACUGCCAGGAGAUUGGGUUUCGAUAGGGCAAAGCAGCCAAUGGCUAUGGUAUUCUGUUUAUGCAAGUAAGCAAGUUAGCUGGCGCACAAGAGUACUGGUCUUGUUCGACUGGACAAAAAGAUUUGUUUUUGGCAGAGACUCCAGUCAGAUCUAAAACAAUUAGGAGCCGAUGGACAUGCGCUUUGGGUAGUUUGUCUGCUCAGGGGAUCCUAAAUCUACUUUUCAGCACAGUGUGAGGAAGAUUAAGUUUUUUGGAUGAGUUUGUCCCACGUAUAACAAAUUUCACAUGUCAAAUGUUCUCUUUUAUUAGAUCAACCAGCGUCUGUCUUAAGUUGUUUUUUCCAUUUUGUUUCUUGGGCAGGUUUCACAUUGCAGAUUAGCAUACUCAUACUUAAGGUGCUUAUAUAGUUCACGUCAUGUGCAGGCCUUGUCAGAUGAUUUACAGAGUAGUAUGGUUACUGGGUUUUUUUUUUUUUUUUUUUAAA